AAGCGACUUUAGCAGUUUGGCUCAGUAGGCAGCAGAACGCACAUCGAGUAACAAGCAACAGCAUUAUGGCCGAUAUCUCCAAGGACGAGCUUCGUAAAGAGAUCACCGCUAUCCUCAAGGAUGCCGAUUUGACAACAAUGUCAGCCAAAAAAGUACGCCAACAAAUUGAGGAAAAAUUGGACAUUGACCUCUCCGAAAGGAAAAAGGAAGUCGAUGAUCUUGUAAUGGAGCACCUCCACGAGAAACAAGAGUCUGGAAAGAAGAAGAAGAAGGCUGCUAGUGAAGAGUCUGAAGAUGGUGAAGAGGAGGAAGAAGAAGCAUCCGAGGAGGAGGAAGAGGAGGAAGAGGAGAAGAAACCCGCAAAACGAGGUCCCCCUAAAAAGACAGUUGCAAAACGCAAGAAAACCUCCUCUGACGACGAGGACAGUGCCAGCGACGACGAUGCCAGUGACGAGGAAUACAGUCCAAAAAAAAUUGCAAAGACCUCAGCAAAAAAAGGCAAGCCAGGAAAGAAGGGAAAGAAGAAGGGAAGUGAUAGUGAUAGUGAUGAGGACUGGGGCAAAUCGAAAAAGGCAACUGGUGGAGCAAAGAAAGGAGGAGGCAAAGGCAAGGGUGGAUACACCAGGGCUAUCACUUUAUCACCUGAAUUGGCUGCAGUGGUUGGUGCUGAUCAAAUGGCCCGGCAUGAAGUAGUUAAGAAAGUAUGGAGUAUCAUCAAGGAGAGGAAUCUCUAUGACCCCAAAAACAAACAGUUCGCCAUUUGUGAUGAGGAACUUAUGAAGGUCAUUGGAGUAAAGCGUUUCAGAACCUUUGGUAUGAUGAAAUACCUCAAAAAUCACUUUGUAGAUUAAACAGCCGACAAUUCAACUCAUUUAAUAAUCCAAGAAGGAAAAAAAAAACAAAUACCCUUGAAUCGUCCUAAUCUCCGACAAGUUAUAAACAUUUAUACAUAAACAUUAAUUUCAAGUGACUAAGAGGUUUUAUAGUGUAAAUUAAGCGGAAAAAGAGAAGAAAAAGAAAAGUAAAUUCCACACUUCUUUCCAUUUAUUUUACACAAGUGACACAUUUAGAUUGUAAUAAAACAAUCGCCAGAACGGACGAGGUUAAAUUGUAAAACGUGCAAAAAAUGAGCCCAAUUUUCACAUAUUUUAUGUUUUUUCAUUUUCUUUAUAAAAAUGAAAUGCUCUUUCAUUGUCAAUAUUUACUUUUAUGGGCAUUCGAUCGUUUCCAUCUCUUUCGCUCCAUCUAUGAGAAAUAAUGAUAAAAUAAAUAGUAAUAAUAAUAAUAAUAUUAUGAUAAUAGAACGGAGAAGGUGAGCAUUGAUAAAGAAAAGAAAAUGCAUCAGAAUGAAUUAUUGUUUUAUUUUUUGUUCAUAUUUCUUGAAUUUCAUCGAGUGAUUUGACAUUGUUUAUCAUUAAAAAAGGCUGAAUCCCCUAUUGGCAUUCCAACACUUUCACAAACUUCAUUUUAAUUUGAUGUAGUAUAUGUCUCAUAUUUCGUUGAUUUUUUUUUUUUUUUGGUUAUGCAAUGGACCGAUAUAAUCAUUCAUGGUUGUAACUGAUUAUAUUUUGCAUUAUAUAAAUAAAACGAAACUGAGAUAAUUACAUAAUUACCGUGAAAACGACUGAAAGCACAGGUCAGUGAAUUUGAAAAGUUGGUGAAAAGUCUGGAAUGAACCAAUC